UCGACAUUUUGUAGAUAUGUUUGGUAGAAUGCGUCUGGUGUACCGUGGACUAUUGCAGUGUCUGUGUAUUUUGAUUGUAGUAGGGCUUUCUCGGCCCUGUCUGGAACCCUUUGUGAAGCUAUAUGAGGGGUGCUAUUACUUUCACACCCAGCCGACCACGUUCAACAAAUCAGUAGAGAUUUGUGAGGAGAAGGGGGCCAUUCUGGCUCAGAUUGACUCGGUGGGAGAGGAGCGAGCACUUACUCAAUACAUAGAGGCUCAAGGCAUGCCAGAGAAAAAGCAGAAUCAACACAGCAAAAGGAAAAGAAAACGCACGGUACUGACUCCACAGGAGGUGGCGGACGAACUGAAAUUUCAUCACGAAACACUGUGCCGCCUGGAUACUUUCGGACUUGUACAGUCAAGCCUGAUAAACAUUCUACCAGAUAUAAAGGUGCCCUGGGGUCAAAAAGAUCGGGCAAUCUUGACAACACCUCCUGGAAUUUCCAUUCGAAACUCGUCCAUUCCGAAUGCCGGUCUUGGUGCUUGGGCGGAUAUGUUUAUACCUAGGAAUACCAUUCUCGGAUAUUAUGAAGGGGUAAUGGUUCCAAUCGAUGUGAUUAAAGACGCCUCGUAUGCGUGGAUUAAAAAGAUCAACAAAAAGGUUUACGCGGUGGACAGCGCGGAUCCUACCAACAGUAAUUGGCUCCGGUACGUAAACAGCCCCAGGACGGACGCCGAGGAAAAUGUGCUCCCAGUAGACUGCAUUCGAAAUGUGUUCUAUGUCGUUUCCAGAAACAUUGCUCCCAAAACAGAGCUGAUGGUGUCCUAUGGAAGCAACUAUGAUGAAAACCUCGGCAUUGUGAGAAAUCACCCAGAUGAUGAGAUUCCAAACGGAUCUUGGCAAAUUCGUAUCGGCCCCAUCCAUGUGGGAAAACAUUUCAAUCUGACGCACUCAGACGGUUCUGCCACUGUGUACAGUAAUUUUCAUCGACCUGUAAAGCGGCCCACACCCCUAACAAUUAAACUCCUGUUGUCUCAGCACGAAGGGCAGUGGGCGUGGACCAAGGAGGAAGACUAUUCAUUCUACACCAACUUAAGGGACGAUUAUUCACAUUACCCCUUUAUUUGUGAGAAAAAGAUGUCCACAGACGAUAGAAAACAUACAGAAGCUCUGUGAACCAAACUGCAUACGUAUCGUGCACCAGGUGGCGCCACAGGCACUUAGGGGAUGGAUCAUGUCUUCUUUAUUUUCGUUUUCCCGUUAUAUUCUUAAAACUAGCGAAUAUUUAACUAUAUCAAUCAAAUCACCCACAAUCGGAGUCAAUAUCGUUGCUGUACAUCAAUCUGCACAUAGACUGUCUUACCAAUUCAUUGAUAUAUGCAUAUCCGAUGUUUUGACUUGCUUUAUUAAGUAUGAAUUCAGAUGAAGUUUGAACCAGGUGAGACAAACGACGUGAAAAGAGUUGCAUGCCUUCUCUUCGUAUAAUCACUGUUAACGUGAUUUUACUAAUAUGUGACAGAGACGAAAAAUAUCAGUUUUGAAUGAUCUUUAAUGCAUAUUUACAACACAUAGUAGAAAAAAUAAGUCUAUCCCAGAUCAGAAAAAGUAAGACGAUAAGGUGUGUGUUUGGUGAGUGGGUGGAGUGGGGGUGGAAUGAUCCAUGCUCCAAGUGUCUGUACGUGGCGCAUGUUCACAGGUAUUAGAUUUCAUGUAAUAUUUACCCCUAUAGAUUCUGUAGAGAGUUCAAGGUUUAUUAUACUGAUCCAUGAAAGCCCGCUCUGUAAACGCCCUAACGUCGCUACCACCAACAUGUAAAAAUCUGAACUCAAAUCUCAGUCUCAAAUUCUGUGUUUUGGACUCGCAAUAUUUCUGAAAU